AGACAGUCCCACCCAUAGUGCACUGAGUAUCCUGUCCGCCUCUUUGAGCUGAACUUUUCUUAAAACUAAUAGCCUUUGUUUUCAACUAAGAGUCAUGUCGUAUGGUACUGCAGGGGAAGAUCGGGUGGAUCAGCUCAGGGGGCAGGUUGACCAGGUCAAAGGUGUUAUGCGCUCCAAUAUCAAUAAAGUAGCUGAAAGAGGUGAAAAACUUGAAGAUAUUGGAGAAAGAGCAGAAUACCUUAAUCAGAAUGCUGACAUGUUUCAAAGGACUGCCACAAGACUUAGACGGAAGCUAUGGUGGCAAAAUGUGAAGCUGUGGAUCAUUUUGAUUGUGAUAAUACUGAUAAUUUUAUUGGCUAUUAUUAUUAUCAUUGUUAUUGCUGUUGAAACAAACAAAAAAUAAUUGAAGAUGAAGUAUGGCUCAGAGUUUUGCCCCAUGUACUAAUUGUAAUUACAUGUACUUCUUUAAACUCUACUAAAACUUGUUUUAUGUAUUUGUUAUUUUGUGUGUGCUGUAUUUGUGAAGUGUUAUAGAGAUUGUCAUUAAAAACAAUUAUAAUUCAUUA